CAUUAAAUGUAAUCGUGGUUAUAUUGUUAUAUUUUUAUUCAAAUAAAAUCCAUCACAACUUUUCAAAAUUUAAAAUAUUAAAUAACAUUUGAAUUCUUAUUAGUUUUCUCGAUAAUUAUUUUACUGUUGACAUAUAAUUUAAAUUGUAAAAAUUAUUACAAUGAGUGAUAACUUGGGUUAUUGUUUGAGUCUGUUAGAAGAAAAUGACAUAAAAAUCCAACAAAGUGCAUUAAAAAUUUUAUGUGAACUCUGUGAUAAUAUCGUAAAAUAUCCCGAGGAACAUAAGUACCGUAAAAUUCGAAUUGCUAAUCCUUCAAUAACUGAUAAAUUAUUACCAGCAUCCGGUGCUAUUGAAUGUUUAUUUGAACUGGGUUUCAUAGAGGAUGGAGAAUUUUUUUCUUUGCCAAAAACUUCAUCAUUAUCGCAAUUACAAAAGGGUCAUAAGUUACUCAACGAAUUACGUAAUAAAGUAAUGUCUAAAACAAAAGUAGCCGCAACUCCAGCAAUUAAAUCAACUGGUGCUAAGCCAAAGGACUUAAAGCAAUCAAAGAAUUUUCUGGAAACAAUCGCCAGUACAUUUCAGGAAGUACUGCGAUAUGAAAACAAAGAGCUUCAGAAGUAUACAAAGCAUUUUGUACCAAUCGAUCGAUUACAACUUGAAGCCAUUAAGAAGAUGAGAGUUAUACAAAAAAAUUUAAAACUUAAUAAUUCAAAGUCGAAUAAUAAUGAAAGUCAUUUUUCAAUAGAACAUAAAAUGACAAUUGAAGAUUUAGUGCUAGUCGAGCUAGUGCAUUGGUUUAAAAAUGAGUUUUUCAGCUGGAUGAAUAGUCCAACCUGUAGAUUUUGUUCAAACAUAUGUAGCUUCCAUAGAAAUGAAUUUCGAAACGAUCCUCGAGUUUCGAGAGUUGAAGUACAUAAAUGCGAAUCUUGUGAAUCUGAAGAAGAGUUUCCAAGAUAUACGGAUCCUAAAAUAUUAUUAACUACUCGAAAAGGGCGAUGCGGAGAGUGGGCAAAUGCUUUCACAUUAAUUUCACGUACUUUUGGUUAUGACACAAGAAUUGUUUAUGAUCAGACAGACCAUGUGUGGUCAGAAGUAUGGUCGGUUGCUGAAAACCGUUGGAUCCAUGUCGACCCAUGCGAAGACGUCAUCGAUCGCCCUUUACUCUAUGAAAGAGGUUGGAAGAAAAAAUUAACCUACGUCAUUGCUUAUUCAAAAGAUGAAGUACAAGACGUCACUUGGCGCUACACCAGAGAUCCGGAGAUUUUUAAACGGAGAAAUCUCGUCAGUGAAAACAAUCUUUUGUCUUUGAUUGUGCGGCUAAAUGAAGAAAGGUUCAAUUUAUCUGGCCCGGAAUAUAGCGAUGCUAGAAAAAAGUAUGUUAUUAAGAGACGAUUAAUGGAAUUAGCUGAAUUAUUACCGGCUCCGCCGGGUGCAUUCAAAUUGUCGGAUAAUAGUGACAAUAAUGAUUACGGCGGAAGAAUAUCCGGUGAUGCGGCUUGGCGUUUAGCACGUGGUGAAUUAUCGGAAACACACGAGCCAUAUCUAUGGAAAGUUCCACCAGGAUUAAACGUAUUUAAAUUAAAUUAUUCAAUACUAAAAGAUGCUUAUGAAGUUUACGAUGAAUCGGAUAAAAGAAUCGAUGUAAAGGAAGGCUGGAGCGCGGGUGUAAAUAAAUAUGAAGGAGGUAUAUUUCGCAACACUGAACAAGAUUGGAAAAUGGUGUAUUUAGCAAGAUCACCCGGCAAUGAAAUUGGAAAAGUUACGUGGAGUAUAGAGCUACCGGAUGAACUUGAUAUAGAAUUGUUUGAGUUACGUGCCACUGUCGCUACCUUUGAUAACGCCAAUAUCCAGUGGACUAUUGAGGGCAUCAAUAAUGAUAACGUUAUCGUGUUGUCCGUAGAUGACUGUAAAUAUUAUAAAACAAAUCAACUUAAAGCACGUAAAAUAAACGUGACUGUGAAAUUAUUAGGAGGCAGCGGUGACGUUUCAUGGCAACAUGCGCAACUUUUCCGACAGAGUUUAAAUAACACGGAAAAUUAUUCUAUGCAAAUAUGCAUAACAUUCAAACAGAUGACGUAAAAUUAUAAUAUUUUUAUAAAGUUUUCUAGGUAAAUAAAAAAAAAUACGAGGUAUAGUCGAAUUCCAUUAACUCGGACGAGUUGGUCUGCGGAGCGGAAAUUUUCUGGAAAUCCCGACUUAUCGAAUGCCCCUACCCCUUUAAAGAGUGAACUACAGCGCAUGUUCUCAUAUAUAUAUAUAUUAGGGUGGUCGUUAAAAAUCAAAUUUUCUCAGACGCCCCAUAAAAAGCUUUUUAGUGAAAAAAUUUAUAGAUCAAAUUGAACAGAAUAUAGUAUAGUGCCAGAUAGCUCAACUGGUAGAGCACUCGGCGCGAUACCGAAUUGGUCUGGGUUCGAUUCCCAGUUCAGGCUGUCUAUGUUUUUCUCAAUUUAUCUAUAAAUUGUCUUAUUGAGAAGGUUUGCAUGUUUAGGUUUCCACUAUAUUUAAAUGGGGAAUUUUGUUUUUUUUUUUUUUAGUUAAAA